CUCCUCUCAUUGGCUGUUCGUAAGAGCACCGGAAACGGGAAAUGUUGUGAUUAUCAGUACACGAUCGGCCUGUGAAUACUGAGGAUUAACAAUGUCAGGCAGUUUUUAUUUUGUUAUGGUGGGUCAUCAUGAUAAUCCAGUGUUUGAGAUGGAGUUUCUCCCUCCUGGAAAGACAGAAUCAAAGGAUGACCACCGACACCUGAAUCAGUUCAUCGCUCAUGCUGCUCUUGAUCUAGUUGAUGAAAAUAUGUGGCUGUCCAAUAACAUGUACCUGAAGACUGUGGACAAGUUCAAUGAAUGGUCUGUGUCUGCAUUUGUCACUGCUGGUCAUAUGAGAUUUAUCAUGCUGCAUGAUGUUCGACAAGAGGAUGGAAUCAAGAACUUCUUCAACGAUGUGUAUGACCUGUACAUCAAGUUUGCAAUGAAUCCCUUCUAUGAAGCCAACGCUCCGAUCCGCUCCACAGCCUUCGACAGGAAAAUUCAGUUCCUUGGGAAGAAGCAUCUCCUUAGCUGAUUUGUUUUCUCUACGACUAUACAUAUAAUGUGUACAUUUUUGUGCUUUCAAUUUACCCUCAUGCAUAAUAAAUAUACAGGUGUGUUGUCUAAACUAUCUUAUUAUUUUGGAUACAACUGGGAUCAUUUCAUUACAUUUACCACCUGAUGUUGUGCAACGAAUUCUGAAGUUCUGGGAAUAAUGGGAAUAUUUGGAAAGGUGAAGUACUUAAAGGGAUAGUUCACCCGAAAAUGAAAAUUCAGUCAUUGUUUACUCACUCCUGUGUUGUUAUAACACUAUAUGACUUUCUUUCUUUUUCUGAACACAAAGGGAGAAAUUGUGAGUAAAUGUUGUGCUCAGUGAUGUCACAAUGGCAGUUUAUGGUGACCACCUCUUCAAGCUUCAAAAGAACACAAAAGUAUAAUUCAGAAGUCUAAUAAAUUAUAUCCAUGAGACUCAUGAUUGUUAUGAAAGCAUACGAUAAGAUUUGAUGAGAAAUAAACUGAAAUCUAAUGUAUUAUUUAGUGAAAAUGUUCACUGACCGUUGAUCUCCUGUGUGUGUUCAUGAUACGGACACGAGAGCAACAGUUCACGCAGCCCCCUCGCGUCAUUGGGGCGUUCAAGCAAAAGCUUGUUUUGUUUAUCUAAAAACAGGUCCUCCACAGCGAUAAUGACAACAGGACACAACACAGCUACACAAAACAGAGAACAGAA